GUCUGGACUCUGUAUACUGUCUUCACAGUAAUCGCUCGAGAGGGCCUUCUUCUGACGCAGGAGGAGGACAAGAGGAGACGAGUUCGAUCAGAUCACAGCGGAAGGAGCCCCGUGAGCAGAGAGAUCGAUCGUGCGCUAUCGAUCUGGUUGUUAUGUGAAGCUGCGACGAGAGAUUGGUGAAAUCUGAAGCGGAUUGAAACUUCGUAGGGGCUCCUCUGGAUUCGCGAUGGCUGCGGGAUUUCUCUUGACGUCUGUGUACUUCCUCUUCGCGAGUCUGGUCGGCACUUUGAGCGUCAAGCUUUGGUAUGACAAGGGGUCCGCUGCGAACAAAUUGCAUAUGUUGCUGGUGAAUACGGCAGUGAUAUGCUGUUAUUUGAUCUGGGCGAUUGUAUGGAUGGCACAAUGGCAUCCUCUAGUGGUUCCUAUUUUGAAAGCUGAGGGAGAAUGACUGAAAUUUCAUAUCAUUCAUCUGUCAGCUCAGAUGAGGGCAAGGUUGGAGACGUCUCUUGUGAUCUAGGCUGAUCUAGUCGGAGACCUUGCAAGAGGCUCGAUUGCUCGGCCUAUAACACAAAAGAAUGUACAACUCUCGGUUGAUUUCUCUUAACUAUCCUUCUUGAACAGAGUACUCUAAGUAUAGACGGCUUUUUGGGUUGUUUGGUUACUGGUGGUAAAUUUUGUCUGCCCCAGUCUAUUUCUUCGGUUCUGCAGGCCAAAAAAUAGUGGAAUGAUUCAUCUGAUUAUAGUAUGUAUCCCUGGGGGUCUUGUGACCAGAAAACCAACAUUGAACAUACGGUGAGGGAUCAUUUAUACGAAAUAAAUGAUGGCCUAGACUAUAAAGUAAGUGGCUAUUGUGUAUAAUCCAGACAACAGCAGCAGUGUUCUGGUCGUACAAGCUUUGAACUUUGCAUGAUUUAUGUACUCCUCAGAAAUCCUUUAGGAAAGUCUGGAUGAUAUUGUAAAAGUAAACUUCCUUCAUAUAUGCUGAUUCGAGCAAAUCAAGAAAAAAUCUCUGCACCUCUUGUACUCCCUUUAGGCGGCUGGAGAGCCUCUUCCGACUUU